AUGCCGUGCCAACAUGACCAGAGUCUUGCCUUGCUCCAAUUCAUGAAAACCUUUUCUAUUAGAAGUAAUGCCUCUUCCUGGGAUUUCCUUUACCCCAAGCCUUAUCCCAAGACAGAGUCUUGGAAAGAGGGCACAGAUUGCUGCUUGUGGGAUGGGGUCACUUGCGAAAUAGAAACAGGUAAUGUAAUUGGCCUUAACCUUUCUUCUAGCUUGCUCUAUGGUACCAUCCAUUCUAAUAAUUCUCUUUUCCUCCUUCCUCAUCUCGAAAAGCUUGACCUCUCCAACAAUGACUUCAACCAAUCUCAAAUUGUGCCUCAAUUUGGCCAGUUUUUGAAUUUAAGGUAUCUUAACCUAAAUCACUCUGUUUUUGAGGGCCAAAUUCCACUAGAAAUUUCUUAUCUGCCUGCUUUGGUUUCGCUUGAUCUUUCUAAGAACCCUUAUUUGAUACUUGAAACCUUUAUUUUUAACGAGCUUGUUCAAAACCUGACCCAGUUACAGCAAUUGGACUUGAGUGAAAUAAACAUGCCGUUGGUCGGGUCUAGUUCCUUGAUGAAUUUGUCUUCUUCUUUGACAUCUCUCAAACUCAGCGAAUGCCAAUUGCAAGGGAAAUUCCCAGAUAUCAGUCAUCUAUCCAAGUUGGUUUUAUUGGACCUCUCCUAUAACAAUUUUAGUGGUGAGAUUCCAUCCUCAUUGGAAAAUUUUAAACAGCUUGAUACUUUAUACCUUGACAACAACAAUCUCAAUGGUCAAAUUCCAUCUUUACUCGGAAGCCUUAAGGAACUCUCCUCAUUGGACCUCUCCUAUAACAAUUUUAAUGGUGAGAUUCCCUCCUCAUUUGAAAACCUUAAACAGCUUGACAGUUUGUACCUCUGUAAAAACAAUCUCAGUGGUCAAAUUCCAUCCUUACUUGGAAGCCUUAAGGAACUCUCCUCAUUGGACCUCUCCUAUAACAAUUUUAAUGGUGAGAUUCCCUCCUCAUUUGAAAACCUUAAACAGCUUUAUUAUUUGGACCUCUCCUGUAACAAUUUUAAUGGUGAGAUUCCCUCCUCAUUUGAAAACCUUAAACAGCUUUAUUAUUUGGACCUCGAAGACAACAAUCUCAAUGGUCAAAUUCCAUCCUCACUUGGAAGACUUAAGAAACUCUCCUCAUUGUACCUCUCCUAUAACAAUUUUAAUGGUGAGAUUCCCUCCUCAUUUGAAAACCUUAAACAGCUUCACAGUUUGUACCUCUGUAAAAACAAUCUCAGUGGUCAAAUUCCAUCCUUACUUGGAAGCCUUAAAAAACUCUCCUCAUUGGACCUCUCCUCUAACAAUUUUAAUGGUGAGAUUCCCUCCUCAUUUGAAAACCUUAAACAGCUUUACAUUUUGUACCUCCACAAAAACAAUCUCAGUGGUCAAAUUCCAUCCUCACUUGGAAGACUUAAGAAACUCUCCUCAUUGUACCUCUCCUAUAACAAUUUUAAUGGUGAGAUUCCCUCCUCAUUUGAAAACCUUAAACAGCUUCAAAAUUUGUACCUCUAUAAAAACAAUCUCAGUGGUCAAAUUCCAUCCUUACUUGGAAGCCUUAAGAAACUCUCCAUAUUGGACCUCUCCUAUAACAAUUUUAAUGGUGAGAUUCCCUCCUCAUUUGAAAACCUUAAACAGCUUGACAGUUUGUACCUCCACAAAAACAAUCUCAGUGGUCAAAUUCCAUCCUUACUUGGAAGCCUUAAGAAACUCUCCUCAUUGGACCUCUCCUAUAACAAUUUUAAUGCAACAACAAUCUCAGUGGUCAAAUUUCAUCCUCACUUGCGAGGCUUAAAGACGUCUCUUAUAACGAGUCUAAAGGUGAGAUUCCUUCCUCAUUUGAAAACCUUAAACAGUUUCAAAUUUUGGAACUCCAAAACAACAAUCUUAGUGGUCAAAUUCCUUAUUAUUUUACAAACUUUAAACAAUUUUACAGGUCCCAUCCAUUUCCAGGGAAGCAAGCUUUCAAGUCUGGUAUACCUCGAUUUAUCCAAUAACUUGUUACAUGGCCCAAUUCCAAGUUCAAUUUUCGAACUUAUGGACUUGAGAGUUCUCAUUCUUUCAUCCAACAAAUUGAUAGGAGAAGUCUCAUCUGUAGUUUGCAAUCUAAAUUCUCUUGAAAUUCUUGACUUGUCGAACAAUAGUUUGAAUAGCUUCAUACCACAAUGUUUGGGAAAUUUCAGCAAUAAUCUUUCAGUAUUGCACUUGGGCAUGAACAAAUUCCAAGGAACCAUCCUUGAAACGUUUUCAAUAGGCAGCAACUUGAGAUAUUUGAACUUCAAUGGUAACCAAUUGCAAGGGAGAAUCCUACCUUCCAUCUGCAAUUGUAUAAAUUUGGAAAUUUUAGAUCUUGGAAACAAUAAUCUAGAUGACACAUUCCCCCAUUUUCUGGGAACACUUUCGAAGCUACAAAUUCUAAUUCUAAAAUCCAAUAAAUUUCAUGGUUUGGUGAAAGGGACUUCUGCCAAUUAUUCAUUCUCAAAGCUGCGAAUUUUUGACCUCUCCAACAACAUGUUUAGCGGACCUCUACCUGCGGAGUAUUUCAACAAUUUCAAGGCAAUGAUGAUCUUUGAUUUGAAUAUGAAAUACAUGGGGGCGCCAAAUGCUUCUUAUGAUUAUUCUGUGAGUCUAACACUCAAAGGCUUAGAGAUUGAGUUGGUGAAAAUCCAAACGCUUCUUACAUCCAUUGAUUUGUCGGGCAAUAAAUUCACAGGGGAUAUCCCACAGUCAAUUGGAAAACUUAAAUCACUUAAGUUGCUCAACUUGUCUCACAAUCAACUCACAGGCAAUAUUCAACCAUCAUUGGGGAAUUUGAGCAAUUUGGAAUCUUUAGACCUCUCUUCAAAUCUUCUUGUUGGAAGGAUUCCAAUGCAGUUGACAUAUUUGACAUUUUUGGAAGUGUUUCGGGUUUCACAUAAUCAACUUGAAGGACCUAUUCCGGAAGGAAAGCAGUUCAACACAUUCGAUAGCACUUCAUAUGAAGGAAAUUUGGGAUUGUGUGGAUUUCCGCUAGAAAAAUGUGACAGUGGGGAGAGGCAACAACCAACAGCAUCAAAAGAAAUUGAUUCCAAGCCUAAAAUUGGAUUUGGAUGGAAAGCUAUAUCGGCGGGGUAUGGAUGUGGAGUAAUAUUUGGUAUUGCAAUGGGAUAUGUUGUGUUUAAAACAAGAAAACCUGCAUGUUUUGUGAGGAUGGUUGAAGGCCAGAUCAAGAGCUUCAGUUUGCCAAUGAAGUUCGGAAACCACAGAGGCUUUGUACUUGUGGAGUAUGUUACAAAGCAGGAGGCACAUAAUGCAGCUCAAGCACUUUCAAGCAACCAUCAGUAUGGUCGACAUUGGGCUCUGAAGAAGGUAAAGGAGGGCCCGAAACAGCUGCUCAAUUUAUUGAAGAGCAAAAUGGUUUGCAUAAUCCAACUAAGUUACCAGAGAAAAGGAAGCACCUGGCUGUCUUUGGAUGAAGGAACGAUGAAGCACAACUAA